AUGCGUGAGGACCCCUUUUACCGCAAUUUUUGGUCCACAAGUAACCAACUAGCUAAAGUCUACAAGAAGUUCCAUACUUUGGCUACCCCUAAACAUGGUGCUCCUCUCACUUCGGUCAUCCUCGAGCUUAAUACCACUACGGUUGCUACUGCAUCAGCUUGUUGCAUUCAUAGAAACGAAGAUAUAGAAGGCAUCAACUUUUUUAGUUAUAUCCGUAACUACAACGAGCAGCAACCAGAGCAAAUUAUCAACCACGCAAUCAGUGGAACCCCCUUUGAAGCUUUGGACCAAAAAUUAAUCAAGUCCAUCCGAGCUAUCUUGUGUGCAUACUUGCAUUACAAGAAAGGUGGUAGCCUUAAUCAACUUGGCUACAAGAGAAAGCUGAAUGAAUUGGCUAAAGUUGGAUUGCCAAGAUCUGCUAAGCCAAGCUAUACAAUAACUGUUGGUUAUCAUAUGCUGGCUUUCUACAAGCAAGCUGGCGCCUAG